GGGGCCCCGCCCCCUGCCCGCGGGGGCUGGUGCGCUCCUGGUUCGCGGCGGGGAUAGUCAAAGUGGAUUCCAUAGGGAGCGCCCGCAAAUCACUCCUGUUUGAGCAGGGCCGGGAGGGAGGGAGGGGGGGAGGCGAGAGAAUCUCCAUCCACCCGGGCGGCUGCCCCUCUCUCUUUGCCUGCCUGCGCCUGGCUCCGGCAGCCCGCUCCCUGUCCUGCGCGGCCAAAGCAGGGGGCAGAGACCCCGGGCUGGGAGGAAAGAAGAGACAGAAAAGAGGCGAAGGGAGAGGGGGAGAGAAAGCGGGGCGGCGGAAGAGGAAACUUGCCUCCCUUGUCACUGGAAAAUGACACUUGGUGUAGCCCAGCCUGCAGCAGCUUCGCGUGAUCCCAUUGUUUCCUAAGCGGCCACCCCAGCUCCUGCCUUCUCCUGCCAGCCCCGGGGGUGUCCUCCUGCGCAGAGCCACUUUCUCCGGCUUGCGGGAGCGCCACCAACCCACCCGCCCCGGGGGCCGCUUGCCUGGAGAGCCGGGGCUCCUUGGGGCGUUGGUAAAUGUGUGUGGCCGCCGGUGCUGAGCCUCCCGAGAGCCGCCGCCGAGCGCGACGAUUAGAGCGACCCUCCGCUGCCCGGCGCUGUCCUCGCUGCUGUGCGUGUCCGAGCUAAGGCGGGCGGACAGUCUGGGAUUCAUGUUUGGGAUCCAGGAAAGCAUCCAGCGGAGUAGCAGCAGCAUGAAGGAAGAGCCCCUGGGCGCGGGGAUGAACGCGGUCAGGACCUGGAUGCAGGGAGCCGGCGUCCUGGAUGCGAACACAGCCGCGCAGAGCGGAGUGGGGCUGGCCCGGGCUCACUUUGAGAAGCAGCCCCCCUCCAACCUGAGGAAAUCCAACUUCUUCCACUUCGUCCUGGCUCUGUACGACAGGCAGGGGCAGCCCGUGGAGAUCGAGCGCACUGCCUUCGUGGGCUUCGUGGAGAAGGAGAAAGAAGCCAACAGCGAAAAGACCAAUAACGGGAUCCAUUACCGGCUGCAGCUCCUCUACAGCAACGGGAUAAGAACCGAGCAGGAUUUCUACGUCCGUCUCAUCGACUCCAUGACCAAACAAGCGAUAGUGUAUGAAGGCCAAGACAAGAACCCAGAAAUGUGCAGAGUUCUUCUCACACAUGAAAUAAUGUGCAGCCGGUGUUGUGACAAGAAAAGCUGUGGCAACAGAAAUGAGACUCCAUCAGAUCCAGUGAUAAUUGACAGGUUCUUCUUGAAAUUUUUUCUCAAAUGUAACCAAAAUUGCCUAAAAAAUGCAGGAAAUCCCCGGGACAUGCGGAGAUUCCAGGUUGUGGUGUCGACAACAGUCAACGUGGACGGCCAUGUGUUGGCGGUGUCAGACAAUAUGUUUGUACACAACAACUCCAAGCAUGGGCGGAGGGCUCGAAGGCUCGAUCCCUCGGAAGGUACGCCUUCUUAUCUGGAACAUGCUACACCAUGUAUCAAAGCUAUCAGCCCGAGUGAAGGAUGGACUACAGGAGGUGCCACUGUCAUCAUCAUAGGAGACAAUUUCUUUGAUGGGUUACAGGUCAUAUUCGGCACCAUGCUGGUCUGGAGUGAGCUGAUUACCCCUCAUGCAAUCCGAGUUCAGACACCUCCCCGACAUAUCCCUGGUGUGGUAGAAGUCACAUUGUCCUACAAGUCCAAGCAGUUCUGUAAGGGAACACCUGGAAGAUUCAUUUACACAGCCCUGAACGAGCCCACCAUUGACUACGGUUUCCAAAGGUUACAGAAGGUUAUCCCACGGCACCCUGGUGACCCCGAACGCUUGCCAAAGGAAGUGAUACUGAAGAGGGCUGCUGAUUUAGUGGAAGCACUCUAUGGUAUGCCACAUAAUAACCAGGAGAUAAUUCUGAAAAGAGCAGCGGAUAUUGCAGAAGCACUCUACAGUGUUCCCCGCAAUCACAACCAGCUCCCAGCACUUGCUAACACGUCAGUCCAUGCAGGAAUGAUGGGAGUGAAUUCCUUUAGUGGUCAGCUAGCAGUUAACGUCUCGGAAGCCUCACAGGCCACCAAUCAGGGUUUUACUCGCAACUCAAGCAGUGUGUCACCUCAUGGGUAUGUGCCAAGCACCACCCCUCAGCAGACAAACUACAACUCCGUCACAACAAGCAUGAACGGCUAUGGGAAUGCUGGAAUGUCAAAUUUAGGUGGUUCUCCAACCUUCCUCAAUGGAUCUGCUGCCAAUUCUCCCUAUGCCAUCGUGCCAUCAAGUCCAACAAUGGCCUCCUCUACUAGUCUCCCAUCAAACUGUAGCAGUUCCUCCGGGAUUUUCUCCUUCUCACCAGCCAACAUGGUCUCAGCAGUGAAACAGAAGAGUGCGUUUGCCCCUGUCGUGAGACCGCAAACUUCCCCACCUCCCACCUGCACCAGCACCAACGGCAAUAGCCUGCAAGCUAUAUCUGGCAUGAUUGUUCCUCCCAUGUGAAAGGAUUGCCUUGAAGAAUUUUAUUGAAGAGGUUGAAUUCUGCUUCAGAGAGAAAUCUGAUACAAGUCCCAGAGUGGAACUUUUUACUCAGGCCUUUUUAAAAAAAUAAAAUACAAUAAAAUAAAGAGGAAUCUUACAAUAACUGCAGAUUUUUAAACAAAACAAAAAUCACCAUCCUUGCAAAUACCGAAAUUAACAAAGAAUCUGCAAUUGCAAGGUGUUGAUUUGAGUUGUCCAUCCCAAGUACAUGGGAGAUAUAUUUAUUCUGUGUUGAUAAAGAAAAUCCACUUUUUUUCUUGGUUUUUGGUUUUUGUUUGUUUUAUUUUUUAAAGCUUGAUUUAACUCAACAGCCAUUUGUCUUUUAUAAAUCAUACAGUUCUGGAAGGGACACUAGAGAUGAAACUUCAUGUUUUUAAUUUAUGACCCUUUUCUAAAGCUGUGUAAAGGGAAAUGAAGUGGUAACAUUUACAAACAAGUCAGUAAGGGACAGAAUAGAAGUGCCAGUUAGGUUUUUUUGGAAGAAUAAUGGCCAUUUAAUUAAGAGUCGGCUCAUAUGUGUUGUUUAUCCAGGGAUGGUUUGCUAAUCCAAUACGUUUUUCAUUCUCUAAUUAAAUAGAUACCACUCACUAAGAAUCUGCUCUUUUAAAACAGGGAGAGAAUUUGUAACCUCUGUUUUUAAUAUCAGACUAAAUAAUUGUGUAAAUAAUGUGAUGAGAAAAGUUGGUGAAAGUGUAGCUAAGGACAUGAAUACCGUAAGCUGACGUCUUUAACUCUGAAACCCAGUGCCUCUGGAUAUAAUGCUAAAACUGCAUAAUUAGACUAGCAUGGCUCUCUGUUUAGCUUAUAUCAGAAUCUUUCCAAAUGAGUGGCCUCCCUUGAGUUUAGCAUAACCUGAGCUGUGCAUACAAAUCUCCUUUGGAUUGUGUGUCGCUGUCUAAAGACACGGACUCAAGCCAUUAUUACAUGUUGGGUGUAAUCAUAAAUUUUCCUCCUCACUUUAAUCUAUUUGUUUCUAUGGGGCAGAACCAGAAUUGACUCGUCUGCAGUUCUACAUUCUCAAUGAUCUAGAAGCACACACGUUUUUUGUCAGCCUCCCGCUAGGAUUGUUGCUGUAUCAGCCGACCCUCUCAGUUUAUAGCAUAAUAUAUUAAGCAACAGGUAACUGGUUUUGAAUAGUAAGUGGAAACAUGAAUUUGAAUUUGCAGGUGGGUGGGAGGGGGAAGGGCCGUGAGGAAGGUUUCAAAUCAAAACCAUAGGUUCUGUUUUACAGGAAUUUUGCUAUCAUUAUCUGGGAAGUGUUCUUAAAACUAGUCGUCAAAGAGGCAGCAAAGCUCUGAAGAUGCAUUAUCUGAUAUUUUUUCUUUGCUGUUGUGUUUUGUAUGUAGUUAUAAAUACUGUAGAUUUUUUGUGAUUUUUUGCCAAAGUUGUUGUUCUAUUUAUACAUUUUAAUGUCUUAAGACAGUUUUUCAAUGUCACAAAAAGUUACUGCAUAUUUUGCAAAAAGAGCUCACUACCUUUCGCUUGCACAGACUUGCAAAAUUAAUUAAAGGGAAAAAAAGCUUUUUUGUUUUGUUGGGGGGGGUUGUUUGUUUGUUUUAAAGGGGAUUUUGUAAAAUAUCCAUAUAAAUAAUGUAUUUAUCUUUGGAAUUUGUACAUUGCUUUCCCCCUCCAUCCCCAGUUUAUUUUAUUGUGUACGUUUGCUAUGUGAAAAGUGCUGAUUUGUUUGGUCACUCACCGUUGUAUUAGCUGUUUAAAUGUGAUUUUAAAACAUUUCAUUUAUAGGGUUUUUUUAAGAUUGUUUUAAACCAUGCUUCAUUUUUUUAUUUCCACCUAAAAGCCAUUGUCUAUUUUUGUAUUAUUUGUAAGUUAAGAAGUUUUUUCCAAUAUAUGGCAAAAAGUAGCAUAUUAUUCUUGUAGCAUUUAGUUAUGUAGAUUUUAAAAAAUAUCCUUUGCUUUUGAGGCUUAACAAAAAACAAUGCUGUUUUACUCUAUUAAUAUGCAUGGGAUCUCUCCUCUUUGGAGUGACGCAUUUUUGUGCAUUAAAUAUGGGGAGAAACUUCAUAGAACUCAAUGAAAAUACUUUCUUUCUUAAGUCUGCUUGUAUAUUUCUCUGUCUUUCACAUAAAUAUAAACCAGCAGAUUGGAUGCCUUAACAAUGCAAAUCAUAUUCAUUUCACUUGUACAUUGUACUGUGCACCAGAACUGUCAAUCAUCACUAACAUUCUAAGAAAAAAAAAGGAAUUGAAAAGCACAAAAGAACUGUUUUUGUUACCUUAAGACAAUGUAACUUUUUUCUAGUAGAGCAAGAAAUCAUUUCCAACGAUGCUGCAACUGUGCAUGCUUCCUGUAUGAAUUUUGCAAUGGUUUUCACUAGAAAGUCACAGUGUGAUCUUUUGGGGGCGGGGGGGAAGGGCAAAUAAAAGAAAAAAAAACUGGAAAUGUAAGAGACAUCAAUGUAUUGCUUCUCUGUACUCGAAACGAUUAUUCCAAUUCACAUAAUAAGCAACAGCAUGGCAAUGUAAUCAAAUUUAAAGCCAUAUUUUGUCCAGUGACACCCUUGAUUGGUCUUGUAGAACUCCAUUCUAAGUUGUAGCCAUUUAGACAUCCAUGUUAACCAUGUACAUUCGUAGGCCUUUACUUCAAAGUCCAAAGAUCCAUGAACAGCAUGUUUUGUUGCAGCUAUUUACAGUGAUUGGAUGAAAGGAAAUUUAUCAAAAUCUUCCUGAAAAAGACCCCUGUCUCUUACUAAGUAAAGGAUGCUACUCCUUACAGAAUAUGGCUUUAAGUGGAAAUGUUCAGAUUUCAGUUUCAAAAGGUGAAGCUACACAAUAACUGGAUUGCAUAAAGUAUGCCUAUUUCCUCACAGUUGUACUAGGAUGCAGCUAAAAUGAAGUCAUCUCUGAAACUACUAACCUUUCACCUUCUUAUCUAAAUCUUUUUGAAUAGACACACACACUGUACAGUUCUAUUGUUAGAGAAACUAACUACUGUAGAGAUUGUUAUAAUUUUUUUGCAGAAUUCAAGCUGUAAAAACUUUUCAACUUUCACAAUAUUUAAUUAAAGUUACUUCCUGUCUGUGA